AUGAGCUCAAGUAGCCAAACCUCUAGAAAUGAAUGGACUCCCGAGAGUUGGAAGACAAAGCCGAUUGUCCAAGAUGUCACUUACGAAGAUCAAGAACAUGCCAAACGUGUUUUGUCUAAAUUGGAUCGUCUUCCUCCAUUAGUUUCUGCAAAAGAGGUACUUAUUGACAACCUUAGACAACAACUCAAGGAAGUUGCAUUAGGAAACUCAUUCUUAUUGCAAGGUGGUGAUUGUGCAGAAUUAUUUGACUAUUGCUCUCAAGAUCCCAUCGAGGCAAAGUUAAAGGUACUUCUUCAAAUGUCAUUGGUUUUGACCUGGGGUGCAAGAACAUCUGUUGUACGCAUUGCUCGUAUGGCUGGCCAAUAUGCAAAACCCAGAAGCAAGCCAACAGAGAUGUAUGAAGGAAAAGAGAUUCUUUCUUUCAGAGGUGAUAAUGUCAAUGGAUUCGAUCCAAAAGAUCGUGAUGCUGAUCCAGAAAGACUACUUGGCGCAUACUUUCAUUCUGCUGCUACUCUUAACUACGUAAGAUCCUUGUUAGACUCUGGUUUUGCAGAUCUUCAUGAUCCUUCAAACUGGAACUUGAACCACGUCCGGUCUGAAUCUGUCAGAAGUGAAUAUCAACAGAUCGUAACUCAAUUGACAGAUGCUCUUGAUUUCAUGGGCACUAUUGGAGCAGACUCAAGACAACAGAACAACAAUGCAUUGAAUUCUGUGGACUUUUUUGUGUCCCACGAAGCCUUGUUGCUCGACUUUGAGGCCUCUCUGACUCGCCUGUUGCCCUGUACCAUUCCUUCCGCUGACAACAAGGCAAAGAAGGAAAAGAAAUGGUACAACGCCGGUGCACAUUUCUUGUGGAUCGGAGAUCGUACCAGACAACCGGAUGGUGCUCAUGUUGAGUACAUGCGCGGAAUUGAGAAUCCUAUUGGUAUCAAAGUAGGACCGACCACAAAGCCAGACGAACUCGUCGAAUUGCUCAACACUGUCAAUCCUGACAAACACAUCGGUAAGGUUACGCUGAUCACUCGGUUUGGUGCAGGCCAGGUCGAGAAGCACUUGCCUCAGCACAUCAAGGCUGUUAAGAAGUCAGGUCACAUUCCUGUCUGGGUGUGUGAUCCUAUGCACGGAAACACCAAGAACGCAACCGGUGGCAUAAAAACUCGUCACUUUAUUGAUAUCAUUCAAGAGCUGUCUGAGGCUUUCCGAGUACACAAGGACAACAACAGCAAACUUAACGGUGUUCAUUUUGAGUUGACUGGAGACAGUGUGACUGAAUGUAUUGGUGGAUCUAUGGAUCUCAAGGACGCUGAUUUGUCUACAAACUACCAGACAUACUGUGACCCUCGCUUAAACUACGAGCAGGCACUUGAUGUUGCAUUCUUGAUUGGCAAAUAUUAUCAAAAAGAACGUAGAGGACAAGUUUUUCCUAGCUUGUAA